GCAGAAAGAUCAACGACAUUCAAUGAGGCCGUGCACAUGUCAAAGUCUCACCACAGCGCUCUCAUGGAUGAAUGCUAUAGAAUAUACACACCCACACACACUCACACACGGACCCACCAAAUAAAGACAGAGCAUGUCCGCAUCCGAACACGCUGACACGCACACUCAUCCUUCUCGGCUCACCCACAGAACGGACCGCCAGAAGAAGGCCGGCCAUCCAUGUCAAACGCCACCUCACCCGCCCUGUCUCUUACCCCGACCUUAGCAGCCCGCCCGCCCGUGCAUCUUAAUCUAUUUAAUACCGACUCCCCCUCCAAACGGCGCGGGGCUCUCCGGCGCUCGUGUGGAGCCGCUAGUAUGCAGCCGCAUUGUGCCCUUGGGCUCGCUGCCCCGCAGCAUCGGCUCAGGGUUCAUCAGCAGCGCAUGCUCACAGACCAGAUGUGUGGUUGGGAUCAGGGGUGGGCGUAGCGCGGGAGGCGUGGGCGAGAAGAUCAUUGGUGGCGCGACGGACAUGACGAUCGGCAUGAGCUCGGCCUCCGAGCGGUACUGCUCCCGGCGGCGUGGCAGGUUGCCGAAGACAAAGCUGCCGCGGAGCGCGCCACUGACGGCUGAAUGGAGGUUGGCGCAAAUGUUGAGGCUGAAGUGGGCGCAUUUAUCGCUGCCCGUCUUGUGCAAGUCCCUGGUCGUGAGGUUGAAGAGCAUCAGGAAGGCGUGCAGGCAGCUGAGGUAGAUGAGGAAACACGCGAAGGGGAGGCCAUACGCCAGCAGGAAAGCCGCCACGUAGACCUGCCGCGGCAGUCGCGGCACACCACCUGACAGACAGACAGACAGAUCGACAGACAGACAGAUCGACAGACAGGCAAGUGAAACUGUCUGAUGGGAUGGGCUCGUCGAUGCAUCCAUCCCUUCAUCCCUUCAUCGGCUUUGUUUCUCCCUCCCGAACCCUCCCUCCCUACCCGUAUCGGCGAUUCUCAUCUGGACGCACUGCUUCCAUGUGAUGUCCUCCACUCCACAGGCGGCCAGCCACACAGCCAAGGCGUUGCACGCCAGCACAGCCACCGAGAGUGCGGCGGUAAGGGCGAGCCACAGCAGGAAGUAGAGGUGGUUUCGCGACCCGAUGCACUGGCUUAUCCACGGGCAGUGGUGGUCCUUGCGCGUCACGCACCGGUUGCUGCAUCCACACGUACCGCGGCAAGAAACACACAAACAGACAGACAGACAGACAGAGAGGUCCCACCGCCCAGGUGAGUGACUGGUUGGCUGACCAGAAGCUGCAGUGCGAUGCCCUCGAGGGCCGCCAUAUGCGACACGUCUCACACCACUUCUGCAACAGCCCAUCCUUGGUGUAGCGGAACGGGAUGGCAGGGGGGUGCAGCGGCGAGAGGUUGUACAGGCAGUACCCCGGCUCCCGCCACACCACCAGCACCAGCAGCAUCGACAGGUCGACGCCCGUCACAACAGGGAAGAGCCAACAUGGCAUAUAUGCGCCGUACAUCGGGGCCGCAGAAGACACCAAGGGCAGGAUGACCAAUUGCGUCAAGACGACUGGGAAGACGAGGAAUAGGAUGCUCCAUCCCAGCGAUGGGAAGUCCUCCUGUGUCCGGACGCCCCGGCCUCCCUGAGCAAGACAGCGCAUUUUGCAAACAGACAGAAGGGUUGGAACACAACACAUGCAGUGCAGUGCAGCUGUUGUGUGUGGAGGUCUUGGCAGCUCACGAGGCAUGGUGUGUGAUGAGCCCGCCACAUCCGAGUGCCCUCCAGGAGGAGCGGGCAGCCGCAGCAGCUCCCGCUGGCAGCACUCUCAUCGGGAUCCACCACAGCUGAGCGGCCAUACCGGUCUGUCAACAGCAUCACGCUCUUAACUCGUCAGAUCGGGGUAGUCAACGCCACGCGGCGCUUCCGCCUUGCAGCGGUUUAAGGAAGCAUCUGCAUCUGCGAGCUGAUGUCUGCGAGCUUAACAGCUUAAG